CGCGAGCGCCCGCCUCCCAGCGCCCGCCGCCGGGCCUCGUCUGGCAGCGCCGCCGCCCCCUCGUCUGGCAGCGCCGCCACCCAGCGCGCGGCCCCCCUCCCUCCUCCUCUCUUCUCCCCCCUCGGCCCUUCCUCCCCGCCGUCUCCCUGAAGGACCAGCGCCGGCGCCCCGUUCCCUAACCCUAACCCUACAAGAGAAGAAGAGAAAGAAGAGCACCUGGACCUGCCGGCGAGGAAGGAGCACCUGGACCUGCCGGCGAGGAAGGAGAAAGAAGAGCACCUGGACCGCCGCCCCCAUCAACCUAGCAAGGUAUACCUUCAGCAGCCUCUGGAGCUAUUUUUUUUUACAGAGAGUUCAUGAUUUGCACUAGAUGGUCUGUAGUUGUCCAAUUUUGGGAUGAAUUUGGUGCUAUGUAGUUCAAUUUAGCGAAUUGUUUUUCCUAUUCUGAAUUGUUGUGUUGAGUUGGUAUAGAUGCCGGAAAUUGACUGGAACGUAGAGAACACUCGGAUCCUUUGUGCUUUGUUGGCUGAGCAAGUUGAGAAAGGAAAUCGGCCAAAUACAUUCUUGAACUCAGUUGGGUAUGCUGAGGUUGAGAAAGGGUUUAAAGAUCGGGUGGGUAUUGAAUUGGUCAAGGGACAAAUCAAGAACAAGUGGGACAAAUUGAAGGAAGAUUUUAAGGCAUGGAAAAAGUUAACAACGAGGCAAACAGGAAUUGGUUGGAAUAAUGGUACUAUCAAUAUGGACGACGAAUGGUGGAAGAAAGCUAGAGCUGAUAUUCCAGGUUGUGGGAAGUUUAGGAAGCAUCCACUUCAAAAUGAAGAUGAGUUAGCAAUUUGUUUUCGAGGCAUUGUAAACAUUGGUUCUGAUCACUGGAACCCUUGUGCCAACACCUCGACAAUGGCUGUGGAUGAAGAAGCUGCUGUGUCUCGCCAUGCCUCCGAUACAUCUACAUUUGAAGCAAGCUUUGUGACUAUGGACGCAUUUCGUGAUAGUUUGGCUACAUCCAUCGCAUUAGCUUGGAAUUAAUGUAAUCAUGCUCUCAAACUAUAUGUAUUUUGUGUUCUCAGGUUAUUUUAUUAAACUUGUAAUGUACGAUUUUUCCUUUGAUGGAUUGUUAAAGUUAUUAGGAAUUAUUAUUUCGGAUGACAAUCAUGUAAUAUGUUGGAUUUUUUUUAAACCAUGUUGGAAUUUAAUUUUAGUUAACUAGUUUGCUGCUACUGGGUAUCAAUUACACUUGUAAACCAAGGGCAAAGUGGGCAAACAACACAGACAAACAGAACUCUGGAGCUCAGAGUAUCAUUCUAGCCAAACACUCCCAAAAGACAGCUCCAACUCCACUCAGAGCCAGCUCCAGCUG